AACUGUCUGUGCUGUAAAUGUAGUCUGAGAAUCUCUGUCGAAGCUUUUCCUCAUUUCUGAAUAUUUUAUUAUUAUUAUUUUAUUUUUAUUAUCUCUAAAAUGGAGCCAUGUCGCAUUUAUAUGCAUGUAUAAAACGGUUGUCUGAUGAAGAGGUCCUGAUUAAAGGUAUCAGCUGUGUACAGUGGCACUGCAAAACAAGGUUAGACUACGAUGACAGCCAGUACUGCAAACUAUCUUUGGUCCCUCGAAGAUGUUCUGGGUCAGGGGGCCACCGCAAGUGUCUUCAAAGCCCGUAACAAAAGAACAGGUGAAGUGGUUGCGGUGAAGGUGUUCAACACGGCCAGCUUCAGCAGACCCUACGAGGUCCAGAUGAGGGAGUUUGAGAUGCUGAGGAAGCUGAAUCAUGUCAAUAUUGUGAAGCUUUUCACCGUAGAGGAGAUGCACUUGAACCCCAAGCAGAAGGUUCUGGUGAUGGAAUAUUGUUCUGGAGGAAGCCUGCUGAAUCUACUGGAGGAACCCGAGAAUGCUUUUGGCCUGUCUGAAUCCGAGUUCCUCGUCGUGCUACAGUGUGUGGUCAACGGAAUGAACCAUCUGCGUGAGAACGGAGUGGUCCAUCGAGACAUUAAGCCCGGCAACAUCAUGAGGCAGGUGGCGGAGGACGGACGCUCGGUCUACAAGCUCACGGACUUCGGUGCUGCUCGGGAACUUGAGGACGACGAGAAGUUUUUGUCCAUCUACGGUACAGAGGAGUACCUGCACCCGGACAUGUAUGAACGUGCAGUGCUGAGAAAGCCCCAGCAAAAAACCUACGGAGUGACGGUGGACCUGUGGAGCAUUGGGGUUACUUUCUACCAUGCAGCCACUGGCAGCCUACCUUUCAUCCCGUACGGAGGACCCCGCAGGAACAAACAGAUCAUGUAUAAAAUUACUACCGAGAAGCCUGAGAGGGCUAUUGCAGGGGUGCAGAAGGUGGAGCACGGACCUAUAGAGUGGAGCUACCAGCUGCCCCACAGCUGCCAGAUUUCUGAGGGGCUGAAAAUGCAUCUGGUGCCAGUCCUAGCCAACAUCCUGGAGGCCAACCAGGAGAAGUGCUGGGGUUUCGAGCAGUUCUUUUCUGCUACCAUGGGCAUCCUUCAACGCGUCAAAGUGCACGUCUUCUCUCUUCAGCAAGCCACAGCCCAUACCAUCUACAUCCACUUUCAUAACAUGGCUUCGAUCUUCUUUGAAGAAGUCCAAGUGCAGACCGGGAUUGAUAUAGAAGCGCAGCAGUAUCUGUUCCAGGGUCACCAGCUUGUCCUGGAGCCCAACAUGAAAGUAAUCAACAUGCCACCCACCACCGGAGAGCGACCCAUCCUGCUGCUUAGCAGACGAGCCGAGAAGAUUGCAGCGCUGCCUCCAAGGGAGCCCGAGACACCGACUAUGCCCUCCAGGUUCGACGUUGUGGCUGACCACACUUUCUCAAGGACCAUAGUAGGAGUGAUUCACCAGUAUUUACGGAUAGCGCGUGUUCUACACAAGCACCAGGAGCUCAUUCUGCAGGGAUUCUAUAGUCAUGUUGAAAGUGCUCGUAUCGAGUGCAGUAACUCAGCACACAAGAUUUCUAUGGUGAACAUGAAGCUGCUUUCCUGCCUGAACACAGAAGAGACACUGGAAGCAUUCAGAGGCCAGUUUCCACGUGACUAUCAGCAUCCACCUGACAACAUGCAGAAGCUCAGACGGAUCCAGGAGAGUCUUCCAGUCUAUGGCAGCAGCAUCGGAGAGUUCCAGAGUAAAUUUCAGCAUCUGCAUAUAGAGCUGGCCAAACAUUCAGAGACGCUGUCUCAGGACAAGAGCAUAGCCAAGAUGGAGGUGCUUUUGGGAAAGAUUGUGGCUGUGCAUCAGCAGUAUCGGAAAGAUCGGCAAAUCGGCAAGCUCAACUACAACAACGAACAGAUUCACAAAUUUGAAAAGAUUAAUCUGUCGGUUUACAUUAAGAAGGUGAAGGCUCUGUUUCGUGAUGACUGCCUGCAGAAGUAUCAGGAGGUCCUGGCUGCAGUAGUGAGCUGGAGCAGUGAACUGUACGAAAUGCAGGCAAAGUUAGAACACAUGAACGGUUUGUUCUUGCAGCUGAUCAGAGAUCUGCAACUGUGUGAGAGCCUUCAGACCAAGGUCUUGGACAGAGUGUUGACCACAGCUCUUCCAAAAACAUCUGGAGCAGAGGCUGUCGAAGAACUGAAGAAUAGAGACCACAUGAUCUUGAGGAUGAAGAGACUGAGGGAAGAGAUGGAAACAGUGGCUAAAGAGCUUCAGAAUAACAACAGUAUAAUAGAAAGUUUUAAAGUGUUUAACUCUACGCUGGUCAUGGAGGCCGAUUUACCAACUCCAAAUGGAUCAUAAGGAUCUUCAAGUACCCCGCCUAAUUUCUGACCUAAAGAACUUCAAAUCAGACCUGGGCUGGGUAAACAGAAACGUAGGAAUGUAGAAGACAACGAAAGUUCAAACCUUAGGGCUCCUGUUACAUGCUGUUCUGAAAAACAGGUUCCUUGCAUCUGUCUUGAGUCUCCAAAGUUGCUUAUGGAGGAACCACUGGAACUUUGCACAUCUACAAGAGGUCGCUGAUUAUUCCAUCCUGAUCACUGAUCAACUAGUGACUAUAAACCAAUGAUCAAAGCAAACUACCAUAGACUUGAUAAGGGUUCAUAAAGUCUUUUGGAUCAAUGCUCAUGUAUCUUACAGAAAGGCGAAGAUUUGUGUUUUAGUUUUUGUAUUUUGUUUAUGCAUUUUCUCCCUUUUAGCACGUCCAAUUGCCCGAUUGCGUCAUGCUUCCUCUCCACCAAUGCCGAUCCCUGCUCUGAUUGAGGAGAACGAACCUAACCCACGCCCUGUCCGACACGUGGGCAGCAGCCGUAUGCAUUUUGUCACCUACACUUGACGAGUGCAAUGCGGAUCAGCACUGUGUACGAAGAGACGCACCCUGACAGCACUCUUUUCCCGUCUCUGUGCAGGCACCAUCAAUCAGCCAGCAGAGGUCGUAAUUGCAUUAGUUAUGAGAAAGUCCCUAUUCCGGCUUAAUACCACACCCCUAUCUGAACAACAGGCCAAUCGUUGUUUAUGUGGUUGCUCAGCCCAGCCGACAGGCAGAGCUGAGAUUCGAUACGAUGUAUUCGAGAUCCCAGCUCUGGUGUUCCAGCGUGUGUUUUUAUCGCUGCGCCACCACAUUUUCUGCAAAUGUGAAUGUAUAGUUACGUUAAAUUUAAUGUACUGUGAAAAAAAAAGUACUAGCAGGUAUUACAGCUUGCAGUUGCUUUUUUGGGAUGGCAUGGUGGCUCGGUGGGUAGCACUGUCGCCUCACAGCAAGAAGGUCCUGGGUUUGGUUCCCAGGUGGAGCGGUCUGGGUCCUUUCUGUGAGGAGUUUGCAUGUUUUUCCUGUGUCUUCAUGGGUUUCCUCUCAGUGCUCCGAAGACAAAGCCCCCCCAGGUAUAAGUGUGUGUGUGUUUGCCCUGUGAUGGACUGGCAACCUGUCCAGGGUGUUUCCUACCUUUCGCCCAGUAAAUCGGACCCACUGCGUCCUUUGAGUUUUUGAGUCCAUUGAAUUUUUUCCCCCAAUUUAGGCCCCAUUCCUGAUUGAGGAGAGCUAACACACACACCCCUGACUGCUGACUGCUUAUUACUUACAUAUGGAGAUUCGUAUUCUUCAAGGAGAGUCAAGCAUUGAUCUCCGUUAUCCCCAGUCUCUGUGCAGGUGCCAUCGAUCAGCCAGCAGAGGUUGUGAUUGCAGCAGUUAUGAGGAAUCCCCUCUGGCCCUCCCACCCAUGGACGAGCCAAUGUCCGUAUAGGCACCCAGCUGGCUGGUAGCAGAGCUGAGAUUCUAACUCUAACUGAUGGGCUAGUGGUAUAUUCUUCUACCAAGCGUCCUUACUUUACAGAUUCCUUCACAACCUUAAAGUAACUCAUGAAAAUACAUUAGCCUUGAAGCAAAAUACAUUAUGAAGUUUGUUACUAUUCAUGGUGCCUACUGGUUUGCUUUAAUCUUGCCUUUAAAUAUAUGUACAUAAGUGUAUUUUAGUAUAUAAUAAAUGUGAUGUC